UAGACUGAAUCCACUAGUCCAAAAAGUAAAAACCAUAAGAAAACAAAUAUAUUAUCUAAAACAAAAUGGAAUUUCUCAAAUACUUUGCAACUAUUCUCUUUGUAAUGCUUCUGGCCAUGAGCGCUCUAGAGACCGGACCUAUGGUUCGUGCUCAACAAUGCCUAGACAAUCUGAGCAAUAUGCAGGUGUGUGCGCCGCUGGUUCUGCCUGGUGCGGUCAAUCCAGCCCCGAACUCAAAUUGCUGCAUCGCUCUCCAAGCAACUAACAAAGAUUGUAUAUGUAACGCUCUUCGAGCAGCCACCACAUUUACAACUACUUGUAACCUCCCCUCUUUAGAUUGUGGUAUAACCAUAUAAGUGCCUAGUUCCAGCAACGGUCAGUUCCGAGGAUUUGGGGAGUUUGGUCUGCAAAAGACAAUGAGAAUAAAAUAAAAGCAUUUUAAAUAAUGAGAAAGUGUUUUCUUUUUAAAACGUGGUCUGUUGUUUGGUUGGUUCAAUACUUAUGACACAUCUAUUAAUACCGUUUUCAUAUUUA